AUGGCUCUUCAUCUCUUUUCGUGGUCGCCUUUGCGCACCGUUGGCUCGGCCUUUGGGUCGGUGUCUGCUGCUGCUAGUGUUGCUUGUCGCUGGAAUUCGACGGCUGCUGCUCCGAAUCCCGCUCCUCAGCGUGGUCCCAGAUCUCGGUCUCCCAAAGUGUACAACCGCCGUCGUGGGCCAGUGGACCGCCGCCGAUUUCUCGAGGAGCAGCGGGCUCAGAGUGAGAGCAGGGCCUUGGAGAGGUACCAGACGCGUGAAUGGAAAGCCGGUGAUCUCUAUGCCCCUCAUGAUCUCAGCCCGGCAGAGAUGAAGAAAUGGAGGAAGCGCUACAGUCCCUCGACUGAUGCCUUUGACGCACUGAACCUGAACCCUCUGGAUUUGUAUAAGAACUUCUCUGUCAUGUCGGAAUAUAUCACCUCGAUGGGUCGGAUAAAGCACAGAAACAUGACGGGUCUGCGGCCCGUUAACCAGCGCAAGAUCUCCAAGGCCAUUCGGAGAGCUGUUGGACUUGGUCUCAUGCCCAGUGUUCACCGACACCCGGAAGUUUUGGCGGCCGAAGCAAGGUCGCGGAUGGAGGGAGGAAGUGAAUCCAUCUGGGCUGCCAGCCCCUCCACCACCAGGGGUCAGCCCACCCAGCUUUCUGCGGACGCCAAGGGCGAACGGAUCGCAUAUGCGGCAAACAAAUCGGUUUUCCUCCGCUCGAUUGACAACCCCGCCAUCGCCAGGCAGUACACCGAACAUAAGACGCAGACCACUGUUGCCCGCUUCUCACCCUCGGGCUUCUAUGUUGCCAGUGGUGAUGCUAGUGGUAUAGUGAGAGUCUGGGACUGUGUUGGAGAGGGUAUCACCAAAGGUGAAUACAGCAUUGUGAAUGGUCGGAUCAAUGAUCUUGCCUGGGAUGGCGAUUCCCAGCGCAUCAUUGCUGUCGGUGACGGAAAGCAGCGGUACGGUCACUGCAUUUCUUGGGACAGUGGUAACACUGUCGGCGAGAUCUAUGGUCACACGCAACAGAUCAAUUCCGUCUCGAUCAGGCAGCAAAGGCCGUUGCGGGCCGCUGCCGCGGGUGAUGACAAGAAUCUAGUCUUCUACCACGGCGCACCAUUCAAAUUCAACACCGGAAUCCGUGACAAGCAUACCAACUACAUCUAUGGAGUCGGCUUCAGCCCGGAUGGCUCGACAUUGGUCAGUGUUGGCGCGGACCGCAAGAUCUGGCUGUACGAUGGCAAGACGGGAGAAGUCAGAGGCCAGAUUGGCGAAGGAGAGCACAACGGCAGUAUUUUCGGCCUUUCUUGGUCUAAAGACUCGCGGAAAUUUGCCACAGCCAGCGCAGAUAAGACUGUUAAGAUUUGGGAUGUGGAAGCGGGCAAGGUUACCCAGAGUUGGAACAUGGGAGAGGAAGGGGCUGCAAAUGUCAAGGACCAGCAGGUCGGAGUGGUCUGGCCUCAGGGAAGAAGCGAUGGUCUGCUGAUCAGUCUUUCGUUGAGCGGCGACCUUAACUACCUAGUUGAAGGCACCCCGAAGCCCAGACAGGUCGUCCAGGGACACCAGAAGAAUAUCACGUCCUUGACCCAGUCUCGCUCUGGCAGCGAUGCUGAGACCUUGUGGACUGGAAGCUUUGACGGCCGGGUCUGCAGCUGGGAUGUUCCCACGGGGGCCGCAGAAGAAAUGGAAGGCGACAGCCACACAACCUACAUCGCAGGUCUCGCGCCUACACAGGAAGGCAAUGGUCGGAUCUACAGCGUCGCCUGGGACGACACCAUUCGCUCCGUGGAUAUUGGUGCUAAGACUUAUACCGGAAUCUCUUCUAAGCUGUCGGGACAGCCUAAGGGCGUUGCAGCCGCAAAUGACUUGGUGUUAGUGGGAGUGUCGGAGAGCGUGGAGAUCUACAAGGACGGACAGAAGACUGGCGACUUCAAGCCUGACUUCCCAGUCACUGCAGUUGCGGCCCACGGCAACGUUGCAGCUAUCGGAGGUGAAAACGCGACCGUCCAGAUCUUGGAUAUCGCGGCCUCGAGCCUUUCCCCCAAGGCUACCAUCAAGGCCACGCGGAAUGCGGUGUCUGCCUUGUCUUUCUCCCCCGACGGAUCUCUCUUGGCUGUGGGCGACUCUCGGGGCCGCAUCCUUGUUUACAAGGUCGCAGACGGUAGCCUUGUUACGGAUCGUUGGACGGCGCACACUUCUCGAAUUACUUCACUUGCCUGGAACGACGACAAUGACCACCUGACCAGCGGAUCAUUGGACACCAACAUCUUUGUCUGGAGUUUGUCCAAGCCCGGCGACUGGCUUCAGGUGUCUAACGCUCACAAAGAAGGCGUGAAUGGUGUUGCCUGGAUCGCCGGAGGAUCUAAGAUUGCCUCAGCUGGUGCUGAUGCGGCAGUUAAGUUACGCUACGCAACCUUCGUCUUACCGAGAACGGGCCAGCGACUCAAGGGCCUCAUUAAUCUACGAAACCCAUAUCCUGACCCACAUGGGGAUAGCGACAACGAUGAACGACGGCCACUUCUCCCCAGAAAUGUCAUCGAGUGCCCCAAGAGCCUCCCAGCACGGCUCUGGUAUGGACUUCAACAUACAUGGCCAUGGAUGCAUGAGUUCGUUUCGUCGGAGCUAGGAAUCGGCGUUCUGAAGUGCAGUCUAGCUUACUUGCUUGGAUCACUCGCAACCUUUGUCCCGGCCAUUGCGUCGUUCCUGGGCCAUCAAGAUGGCAAACAUAUGGUUGCUACCGUCACGGUCUACUUUCAUCCAGCGAGAUCGCAGGGCGGCAUGUACAAGGCUUUGAUUUGUGCCUUUCUUGCCUUCCUUUAUGCUGCCUUCAUCUCUCUCACCAGCAUGUGUGUCUCAAUGUUCUUUCAGGACACUUUACAUAUGCUCCCCGUGGGACAUGCCGUCGUGCUCAUUGUAUUCUGCGGCGGCGGGCUAGGCUUCAUUGGUUGGACAAAACAGAGACUCGGCGAUCCGCUUGUUAACGUCGCAUGCUCCCUAGCUUCAUUGUCGACCAUAACUGUCUUAACUAAGGAGGGUGCAGUACAAAGCGGGGAUCUAUCGUUUGCGAAGAUCUCUCAGGUUCUGAAAAUGGUCGUGAUGGGUGUCACCAUCACAAUGGCCGUGUCUUUUCUGAUCUUCCCCAUAUCCGCACGCAAAAAGCUCCGAUCCAACUUGACUACUGUCACUGGAAGCUUGGCGACAAUGUUGGCUCUGAUCACUGAAAGCUUCCUCAGUGGCUCCGAAGAGGAACUCCAGACUGAAGAGUUCACCAACACGGCUGCGCGCCAUAAAAAAGCAUAUGCGCAGCUAGACAAGCUUGUAAGGGAGGCGAAGCUUGAGCAUUUUGUGGCAGGCACGGAAAAAGAGUACCGAUUGGAGAAGAAGUUAGUUCGUUGGGUGCAGGACAUCACUCAUAAUAUGGGUGGUUUACGCAGUGCAGCCCACCUGCAGUUCCAGUUGCUCAAACCAACGGAGCUCGCACAGCUACAGGGUCACACCCCCGAAACCGGCUCUAUGCCUUUGAUAAGUCCGUGGUCACUCCAUGAAGAUGGGCCGUUCCUGGAACGAAUCGAUGAGCAACCAGACGAAGAAGACAGACUUGGGGCUGCUGAUAUGAACAACACCAAUGGUAACCCAACGAAUCCUCUGCAUCCGGCAGAUAUUUUUGCUCUCUUUAUCAGCCAUUUAGGGCCUUCUAUGCGCUCGCUUGCGUUUACCCUAAAAGAAAUAUUCAGAGACAUCCCGUUCACUCCCGCGCCUGAAUUUAGAGUUUCCGUCAACAGUCGCUACCGGACAAGUCUAGAUCGUGCGCUUGAGCUCUAUAGACAGUCGCGCGAAGAAGCGCUCAAGACCAUCUAUAGACAACGCGAGCUCACCGGGGUACAAGAGCUAGAAGUCGAAGCUGAUUUAGAAGAGGUUUCUGCAAGCUGUGGACACUUCAGUUUCUCUUUGCUGGAGUUUGGGGAGCAAUUAAAAGAGCUUUUAGAUAUAUUGGAUGAACUACAACUGGAAAGUGAGGAAAGACCGACAGGGAGAUCUUGGAGCUGGCUUAAGUUUUGGCGAUGGGGUGGCCCUGGAACGAGGAAGAAUGACAUGGAGCAGUCGUUGGCUCCAACGGCUGAUGACACAGGCGCAGCACCUCGGCGGCAUAUGACCAGCUCACCGGAGUCAUCUGUUAGCCCUUCACCGGCCAAGAUCGAGAGAGUUACAUCUGCCGCCGAGAAGCGUCUCGGCUAUCGCAUAUGGAGGUCGCUGGGGUUCUUCCGCCGCGACGAUACCAAAUUCGCGAUCAAAGUCGGAGCAGGCGCUGCACUAUAUGCCUUGCCAUCAUUCCUCCAAUCUACUCGGCCCUUCUAUUCCCAUUGGCGAGGUGAAUGGGGGCUCUUGUCCUACAUGUUGGUCUGUUCCAUGACGAUUGGUGCUUCCAAUACUACGGGGUAUGCACGGUUCUUUGGUACAUGCCUGGGGGCACUGUGUGCCAUCCUUUCAUGGUACGUGAGUGCAGAAAACGUGUUCGCUCUCGCUUUCCUGGGGUUGCUCAUGGCCACUUGGAACUUCUACCUCAUCAUUGUCCGCGGCCAAGGUCCAAUGGGCCGGUUUAUCAUGCUCACCUACAACCUCUCAGUGCUAUACGCCUACUCACUUACCCAGAAGGAAGGCAGGGACGACCAAGAUGAAGGGGGCGAUAGCCCAAUCAUUACUGAAAUCGCCCUUCACCGAGUGGCGGCGGUUUUGUCAGGCUGCGUGUGGGGUAUCAUCAUCACGCGAGUCAUAUGGCCGAUCAGCGCCCGGGAAAGGUUGAAAGAGGGCCUGAGCCUGUUAUGGCUACGGAUGAGUCUGAUCUGGAAGCGCGGUCCUUUGUCCACCAUGGCCUUCCCCCAAGAGACUGCAGGCUUCAUGAGCGCUCGGGAGAAGUUGGAGGUGGAGCGGUUCCUGUCGCAUCUGGAGUCCCUCCAAGCCUCUGCGCGAUCUGAGUUUGAGUUGAAAAGCGCCUUCCAGGAUGCCAGCUAUGGCAAUAUUUUGCGGCGCACCCGAAGCCUGGUGGAUGCAUUUGUCGCCAUCAACCUGGAGUUGGUCAAGAAUAUGACCGCAUCGGAAGGGGAACUCGCUAUACUUCAGUAUACGGUAAAAGAAAGGCAGCAAUUAUCCUCCCGCAUUAGCCAUCUGCUAUCUGUCAUGGCCUCCUCGAUGAAGCUGGAGUAUCCAUUGAGCGACGUCCUCCCCAGCGUGGAGCAUGCUCGAGAUCGGCUCCUCGCACGGCUCUUUCAUUAUCGCAAGGACAUUGAAACGUCACGGCUAUCAACGGACGAAGACUAUGCCCUACUUUACGCUUAUAUACUGGUGACGGGGCAAAUUUCGGUGGAGAUUGAAGCAAUCAUGGGUGAGAUCAGCCGGCUCUUCGGAGUCCUACAUGAGGAUGCAGUGAAGCUGUAUUCCUAG